AUGGUGUCCAUAGAAUCUCUCCUCAAUCCUCUUCCCACACCUUCGCCGACAAGCUCCGCGAGUACCAUCAUGCUGCGCUCUCCUCGCCAGAAAAAACAGAAGAUGGCCAAAGACGCCCCUAUCUUUCAGCGCGGAAAGCCCAAAGGUGAAGUGCGCUAUCCCCCUUGCGAAAUGCGAAACGGCGAAAUUGCAAGUCUGCAUCAUGACUUUCGCAUCCAUCCUUUCGGCAACAUCGCCGACUACCCACGCCACAUUCCGUACAACAGCGACAAGAAAUCUUUCCAGGAAAGGACAGGACGCGAAAGCUUUGAGGUUUUCCAGUACACGUUUCAGAUUCCCGGCGAAGAGAAGCAGUGGACGGUGAUGUGGGAUUACAACAUCGGUCUCGUCCGAAUAACCCAUCUGUUCAAAUGCAAUGACUACUCAAAGACAACCCCGGCGAAGAUGCUGAACCAAAACCCCGGCCUUCGAGAUAUCUGCCACAGCAUAACGGGCGGCGCUCUUGCGGCACAAGGAUAUUGGAUGCCAUACGAAGCCGCGAAAGCCGUUGCAGCAACCUUUUGCUGGAAAAUCCGCUACGCACUUACGCCCAUCUUCGGUGUCGAUUUUCCAAACACUUGCAUCCCGCCCAGUGACAGCAAUCGGUUCGGCCGAAUGAUCAUCGAGCCCGCGAUAGUCCAGAUCGCAACGAGGAACGCUGACGAAUACCGCUUGCUUGAACUUCGUGCAUCGCCGCCAGACUCGUUCCAAACAGACUACCCCUACCGUCCGAGCUCCGCCCCCGGCAUCGAUAAAGGCCGGACUAGCGUAGCCCUAGGCCGACACAUCCUUCCCAAGUCCCACCAACGUCGGCAUCGCAGCAACACCUCAACGUCUACUGAUACAUCCCUGGUUGGGUACGGAUCGUCUCCUGAGGGAGAAUAUUACAGCAGCACAGAGCGAUAUUAUGCUUCUCCGGUUAGUCUGCCUCGAAGCUCAUUUACACCCGUCAACACGCCCCGCAGCAGAGACAUCUAUGCCAAUGACUCGAUCAACCUCCUGCCAUCCUCUCACGGACUUAUCGCAUCGCUUACGACCCCUAAUGAGAGAGCACGAGAGCGGGCAAAAGCAAGAGUGAUUCCUAGCUCUGUCCCAUCCAAUCAACCUACACUCACCACCAGAGGCCUCGCCAUCCGUACAGUCGCAGCCGCGGACGGCAGCGACGCCAAUUCCGACGCCGACGCAGAAACCGACUUUGAAUAUUAUUUUGGUCCCGAUCCAGACGCCACGUCGUCCGAUGAAUCUACAUCUUCAGCCCCCUCUUCGGGCUCGGGGUCUAGCGACAGCGUCGGACCAAUCGCUCUUGCGGCCCUUUAUGCCGACGACAGUAACAUCUACGCUGAUGGAGACGACGAUGGACACCAAGACACAGACAUGCAUAUGGCUGAGUACCGCCCGUCGAAGAGAAUCGCAAUAGCAGGUCACAGACGAGAGAGGAUAGUACCUCCUAACCCCAGAUUUCAUCCUUAUGGAGAGAACGAAGACUAUCGCGAGCCCGAGCCUCUACGUGGGCACGAUUCUGACAGGUAUUCCAUCCCCGGGCGUCGACCAUCCGAGAUAAUGGUAGCCCAGGCUUUGAUGGGAUUACGUCGGGGUUCAGCGAGGAGGCCCGUUAGUUCUCCAAGUGACGCCCGUCACGAUGUCAAUGGUGUUGAUGAUGGACUUGAGUAUAGUCAUGGUUGCCCUUGCCGUUGCCCUUGCCAUGAGCUGGAUCAUGGCGAUGGUCACCAUCUCGCUACUCCCAUCACUUCCGGCAACCCAUCCCCAGUGUCGGGGCAGAAGAGACGGCGUGCACCAUCCGCGCCUCCUAACAUCCGAUCCGACCGUAGCUCUUGCGAUCCCGCCAUAUUUGACCAAGGUCAUCGCCCGCACAGGCCCUGCCGGUCGAUUAAGGCCCAAGUGCGUAGUUCCACCGUCUAG